CGUACGCUAAGCUAUUUCGGAAGCAAAACGUUGUUGACCAAAAUUGAAAUCACACAUCUUUUCUUUUUGCAGCACGGGACUUUUUUUCCCCACCCCCACGUGCUGUGCGAAUUCUAAAGACGAGCGAGAAAUAGUCUCAGAACGAAGUAUGGCCUACGCAGAGGACGAAUUGGGCGUGGACGCCGGUCCUCCGAUGCGUCACGUAUCAAAUGCAAAAAUGUCUGGGUCGGGAAGGAUUCCAAUUUGUGAUGCGAAUUCUACAUCAUGAGAAAUUCUGUCAUGCAUGGCCAGCAAAAGGCCCCGUGCCCGUUUCUUGUUACCGAAGCAGGGGAUUUGUCAUGCGUCUUAGGCCUUGGGAGACCUGCUCGAAAUCUGUGCUGCUGUGCUGGCUUGCAUGCCAGACAAUCCGGGUCAGGCAAAACUGCGUCACAAAUCUCGAAUUCUUCCAGACCCAGACACUUUUGCAUCUGAUACCACGAGGGCAACUACCAGUCGGAGGAUGAGGAAGAUGACCCCGAAGACUAUUUGGACGAUUUCGAGGAUGCAGGUAAAAUUCAUCAUGCUUGCAGUCUGGGUUCUUCUUCUUGCGGUUAAAAGCAUUUCGCAAGAAGAAGGCUACAAUCUACAAUAUCAACAUGACAUUGACAUGAAAAUAGACGAUCAUAUCGCAUUCCAAAUCCAAAACCAACAGAAUCCUCCAACGCGCCGAGCCGCAAUGGGACGGGCGGCGAGCGCGUCUCGCUUAAAGACGUGAUGGACGGCAUAGCGGCCGGACACAGCGACCCAAUUGCGGCGGCCAAGCUGGGCAUCGUGGACACGGCGAGCAAUCCAAAACUGCACUUCCAGCGGACGGACAGCGUACUCGGGGAAAACCCGAGGCCGUUCAAAAGUUUGAUGCCGGAGAGGACGACAAAAGUUGGGGUGAGUUUUACUAAAUUCUGAUUCUCAUACUUAGUCAGAUGAUCGAUGUCUCUUGUUUUGGUACAACUGCUUCCGUUGCUGUAGGCCAUCUACAUCGACGAUCUGCUUCUGCAAGCAGAAUCUAGUGAAUAUACUAACUUCCAACUUGUUGAAAUUAUCAGAUAGAGAAAGGGCUGCAAUUCUCCCGUUCCCGUUCUAGUUUCAGUUCUUCCGCUUUCGUCCCCGACCAGUCCCCGGAGGCCAUCCUGGAUUUUUUCAAGGAGCAGGGUAUCCCGAGCCCUUGGUGGGCGAGAAGGAAUUCGCUUAUGCAGGACCCGGCGAAACGCGAAAAGAUACGGGCGAAGUUUCGCGACUGCCAGUUUGCCACGAACGAGAAGCUGCUGGAAACGUUAGGUCUGAAAGAGGAUCCGGACGUGGACCCCUACUCCCGCGUGGCGGAAUUUUUCGACGUAGACACGCCCGCGCCGGGCGAUUUUAUCCGUGACGCAAACGAGGCACUGGAGUAUUUCCGCGAGGAACAGCAGGAGCGCUUCAAAGACGUCGGCGCAUUAUGGAUUGCAAAAAUGUCUGGAUCUGGAAGACUGCAACUUGUAAUGCUGUCUUUAAAUUCCAAAAAAAUCUGUAUUGCAUGACCAGCAACAGGACUCCAGUUUGUGUUACGUGGAGAGGGCAUUUCUCAUGCGGAAUAGGCAUUAGGUUUAGGAAGCGCUCUAAAAAUCUGUGUCGCUAGAUCAUGCAUUAGAGGCAUCAAUCAUCAUAGAAAAUAUGCAUGACAAGUCUGCAUUCUUCCAGACCCAGACACUUUUGCACUUGAUACGCAUUGGCGAAAAGCAUAACCGGUCCGGUGUUCGCGGUGGAAUCUCUCGCGGGAGCGGACCAUGGGUCGUCGCUCAGUCCGAAAAGCCAAAGCGGUGGUAGAAGACCGUCUUCUGCCCCAGGAGCGGG